UUUGACCGGCGCCGGCGCAUUUUAUAAAGCAACAAAGGUCGAGCACAACAGCUCAUCCGUUCAGUCCGGUCAGUCUGUUGCGGUCGCGCGAGUCGAACACACGUUAGCGCGCGAUUUAAUCACAAAUAAAUAAAUUCAAAAUGUUGUUCUACGUAGUAUUAACAGUGCUUGCUGCCAGUGCUAACGCCAAGUUCUACAAGGACUGUGGUUCAGCGACGGCGACCAUACAGAAUGUGGCGGUGACAGGCUGUGAGGAGAACGCCAAAGAGUGCAUACUCAAAAGAAAUACUAACGCCACCUUCAGUAUCGAUUUUACACCCGUGAAAGAGGUGAAAGAGAUACAAACAAUAGUCCACGGAGUGAUCAUGAACCUCCCGGUGCCGUUCCCUCUGCCCCAACCUGACGCGUGCAAGGACAACGGACUCACCUGCCCAUUACCGGCUGGUCAACCACAGAAGUACCAUACCACGAUGCCUAUCCUCAAGUCUUACCCCAAGGUCAAAGUUGACGUUAAAUGGGAGCUGAAGGACGAGGCCAGUGAGGACCUCGUAUGCAUCCUGAUUCCCGCAAGACUGCAAUAAGGAUCACAAGGAAAAUAAAUACUUACCUGCAACCGAUUCUGAAAAAAACACAAGAUUCACUUAUAUAGUCUGUAUUUUUGCGUCAAAUCAAACUGUGAUUGCCUAGUUUCUGAACUGAUUGUUUUUGUAAUUUGACCAAUUACCUAUAGAGAAAAAUUGUUUGUUGUGAAUAUAAAACUAAAAUGGCGGGAAACAAUAAAAUUCCCGCCAAUUCAUAG